CAAUUAGGCCGAGAAACAACGUGCUGACUUAGCAAGAGAGAUUGAUGAACUCAGCGAGCGCUUGGAAGAAGCUGGAGGUGCUACAUCUGCACAGAUCGAUCUCAACAAAAGACGUGAAGCCGAAAUGGCCAAGUUGAGGAGGGAUUUGGAAGAAUCUAACCUGCAACACGAACAAAUCCUUGGCAAUCUCAGGAAAAAACAUAACGAUGUUGUUGCUGAAUUAAGUGACCAAAUCGACCAAAUGAACAAGCAGAAGGCUAGGUUAGAGAAAGAAAAGGCUCAACUGAAGGGAGAAUUAGACGAUGUACGUUCUAGCGUGGACCAUGUAGGCAAGGAAAAGGCUAAUGCUGAGAAACAAGCUAAACAAUUAGAAAUGCAAUUGUCAGAAUUACAAGGCAAACUUGAUGAAUCUAAUCGUAGCUUAUCUGAUUACGAUAGCGCCAAGAAAAAACUAAGUGUUGAGAAUUCCGAAUUGCAGAGACAAUUAGAAGAUGCCGAAUCUCAAGUUAGCCAGCUUAGCAAACUGAAGUCAUCUCUCCAAUCACAAUUAGAUGAUGCAAGGAGAACAGCCGAUGAGGAGAGUAGGGAACGAUCUGCUAUCAUGGGUAGAUUCCGCAACUUAGAACACGAUCUUGAUGGCCUCCGCGAACAAUUAGAGGAAGAACAAGAAGCCAAAGCUGAUCUGCAAAGGCAGAUGAGCAAAGCUAAUGCCGAAGCCCAAUUGUGGAGAAGCAAAUACGAGAGCGAAGGUCUUGCUAGACUGGAAGAAUUAGAAGAAACAAAGAGGAAACUCGAUGCCAGAUUAGCAGAAGCUAUGGAAACCAUUGAUCAGUUGAAUGCUAAAUGUAAUGCUCUCGACAAAGCAAAAUCUCGUCUCCAAGGUGAAGUUGAAGAUAUGACCAUAGAAGUUGAAAGGGCUAAUGGUCUUGCAGCUUCUCUUGAGAAGAAACAAAAAUCCUUCGAUAAAAUUGUUGCUGACUGGAAACAGAAAGUUGACGAUUUAGCAUCUGAAUUGGAUGCUUCUCAACGAGAAUGCCGCAAUUAUUCCACUGAAUUGUUCAAGCUGAGGUCACAAUACGAAGAGAGCCAAGAACAUUACGAAGCUCUAAAACGAGAAAAUAAGAAUCUUCAAGACGAAAUAAAAGACUUAGUGGACCAACUUGGCGAGGGUGGUCGCAGUGUACACGAAUUAGAAAAAUCUCGAAAACGAUUGGAGAUGGAGAAGGAAGAACUCCAAGCUGCUUUAGAGGAAGCUGAAGCUGCUCUUGAACAAGAAGAAAACAAAGUUCUCCGUGCUCAACUCGAACUGUCUCAGGUUAGACAAGAAAUCGACCGACGACUUCAAGAGAAAGAAGAAGAAUUCGACAACACCAGGAAAAACCAUCAACGCGCUCUUGAUUCCAUGCAAGCAAGUCUUGAAGCCGAAGCUAAGGGCAAAGCUGAAGCUCUCCGAAUGAAGAAGAAACUUGAAAGUGACAUCAAUGAAUUAGAAAUUGCCUUGGACCAUGCUAAUAAGGCUAAUGCAGAUGCCCAAAAGAACAUCAAGAAAUACCAACAGAACUUAAAGGAGAUGCAGACAGCUCUCGAAGAUGAACAAAGAGCUUGCAGUGACAUGCGUGAACAAUACCAUAUGGCUGAGAGACGAUGCAACGCUAUGCAUGGAGAAUUAGAAGAGAGCAGACAAUUAUUGGAACAAUCUGAUAGAGCAAGACGAUCUGCUGAAACCGAACUUGGAGAAGUUCACGAACAACUUAACGACGCUUCUGCUCAAGCUUCAUCUCUCUCUAUGGCCAAGAGGAAGUUAGAAGGCGAAAUGCAAGCAUUGCAUGCUGAUUUAGAUGAAAUGUUGAAUGAAGCCAAGCAGAGCGAAGAGAAGGCCAAGAAGGCUAUGGUUGAUGCUGCUCGUCUAGCUGAUGAACUUAGAGCUGAACAAGAACACGCUCAACAACAGGAAAAGAUGCGCAAGACUUUGGAACAACAAAUUAAGGAAUUGCAAGUUCGAUUGGAUGAAGCUGAGGCAGCUGCUCUUAAAGGUGGAAAGAAAAUCAUCCAGAAACUCGAACAGAAGGUUCGUGAACUGGAAAAUGAACUUGAAAACGAAACUCGUCGUCACGCUGAUGCUGCUAAGAAUGCCAGGAAAUCAGAACGUAGAGUUAAGGAAUUGCAAUUCCAAGGAGACGAAGACCGUAAGAAUAACGAGCGCAUGCAAGACUUGGUCGAUAAAUUGCAGCAAAAGAUCAAAACAUACAAGAGACAGAUCGAGGAAGCUGAAGAAAUCGCUGCACUCAACCUCGCCAAAUUCCGUAAGGCACAACAAGAAUUGGAAGAUGCAGAAGAACGUGCAGACUUGGCGGAGAACGCUGUUUCUAAACUUCGUGCCAGAAAUCGCAGCUCAGCAUCCGUAGGUCGUGCAAUGAGCCCAGGUCCCAUGAUGAAACGUCCUAAAUCCAAACUCGCCGAAGAAUAAAUCGAUCGAAAACAUAUAUAAAUUUCUUAGCCUGCCAACAUCGACAUCCGUCCCCUCCUAAAUACUGCAGCCGGGCUAUCACCUUUCCUCUCCAUAACACCUCAUGGAAAGCAGCUGGCAGAAGCAGAGUCGUCUUCCAUUUACGCCAAUUAGAUUGUGUCAUCGUCAAAGAAGCUAUUUUUUCUGUGUCUUGUGUUUGUUUUUAUAUCGUAUGUAUGAGAAGCUGGACUACACACAAGGAUUCUACAAUAUCAGCCUCUUUUCUCUCGUUCGUGGCUUUUCUUCCGAUAAUUUAAAUAGUUAAAAAAAAUAUAUAUCGGAUGUGAAAAGGAAGAAAACUGUGUUAUUUGUUUUUUCUUGCAUUUGGAAAUAAAACAACAUUAUAACACUUUAACGAAAAAUUUUGUCUAUUGUGCUUUUGGAAGAAGAUCCAGCGGCUUUAUGUAUUAUUUUAGAAUAGAUAUUUUAUUUCUUCCCUCUUCUAUUUCAUUUUUUGUCAAUAGAAGAUGAAAGAAAACAAACGCGUCGAUACUGUUGAAGCAAUUAAUAUGCCAGCAGAGGUGUUUGGAUAAUCCUGUGUACUUUUGAACACUUCCUUAAAUAAAUACAAGGCUGCGGACAUUAUAAA